CAUAUGACCCGCUUGGCUUCCUGGCUCCGGCCGCCGCCGCCCGCCCGUGUCCGCCCGUGUCGCGCCGGGGCCCCGAAGAGCCGUUGGCGGGGUCCGGGCUGAAGCCCGCUGGUGUGGAAGUCUUCGUCGCCGUUGUCUCCCGCCGUCCCGUCCGCCUUCGCUCAGCGCCGUCAUCAUGCUGGCGCUCAUCUCCCGCCUGCUGGACUGGUUCCGCUCGCUGUUCUGGAAGGAGGAGAUGGAGCUGACGCUGGUGGGGCUGCAAUACUCGGGCAAGACCACCUUCGUCAAUGUCAUCGCGUCAGGUCAAUUCAGUGAAGAUAUGAUACCCACAGUGGGCUUCAACAUGAGGAAAGUGACUAAAGGUAACGUCACAAUAAAGAUCUGGGACAUAGGAGGACAACCCCGAUUCCGGAGCAUGUGGGAACGGUAUUGCAGAGGAGUCAAUGCCAUCGUUUACAUGAUAGAUGCUGCAGAUCGUGAUAAGAUAGAAGCCUCUCGAAAUGAACUACAUAAUCUUCUAGAUAAACCACAGUUACAAGGAAUUCCUGUACUAGUACUUGGAAACAAGAGAGAUCUUCCAAAUGCCUUGGAUGAGAAACAGCUAAUCGAAAAAAUGAACCUGUCUGCUAUUCAGGAUAGAGAAAUUUGCUGCUAUUCAAUUUCUUGCAAAGAAAAGGAUAAUAUAGAUAUCACACUUCAGUGGCUUAUUCAACAUUCAAAAUCUAGAAGAAGCUGAAACAUCUCCUGAAGUCUUCCAGUCCUUCUUGGCUAUAAUCCUAGAAUUAUUGUCCGUUCCUCUGAAGUACUUCCCAGAAUACGGUCCUUCCUAAACCCAAGAAAUUGCCUUUUUCAGAGUUUAUUUCUCAUGUGCACUGCUGAAGAUGUGUAUCCCUAAUCCUUCAUAAAGAAUCAGCUAGAGUUGUCAUGAUAAAGUCGGCAUACAUGAAAAGGCUUCUCACACAUAAUUGUCUUAAACAGUGUGUAGAGCUUUUUAAACACACACACACACACACACGACCAUCUUAAAUCAAGAAAAUCGCAUAUUUCCCAGACUGGUCUUUCUGGGCCAGUGUUUUAUAUUGGUUUUCAGUAAAUAUCUAUAAUAUUUCAUUACAGAGUCCAGUAGCUUAAUAUUGAUAUGGACUUGAUACAGCAUGAAAUUUCUAGUGCCACACACAGUAUUUAGAAAACCUUUAAGCCUGACUCAUGUGAGAUAUAAACAUAAUGUUUAUCUUGUCUCACAAAUGCAUGUGAAAUGUAUAAUUACACCUUAGGAAUUAAAAAAUGGUCUGCAAAGCAGAGGCACCAGAUCAAUGUUGGUUCUUUAUACUGGAGACAUCCUACCUGGUGAAUUUUAAGAAUGUUCUGCUUUCUGAGAAUCUUAUCAGCAGAUGGCAGUGGGGACGUGGGAAGAAAUGAGCAUGCUGUUUUGUAUCUGUCCAGAUCAUUACUAUUUUUUUUCCUUUGAACACACUUUUUUAAGGGGUUGGGAAUUGAAGAUUUUCUCAAGCUUUCGUGAAUUUAGAGCAUUCCAACCAAUAUAAUAAAAUCUGUUAAGAAUGUCAGACUUGGGCUGGGGAUGUGGCUCAAGUGGUAGCGCGCUCGCCUGGCAUGCGUGCGGCCCGGGUUCGAUCCUCAGCACCACAUACAAACAAAGAUGUUGUGUCUGCCAAGAACUAAAAAAUAAAUAUUAAAAAAUUCAAAAAAAAAAAAAAGAAUGUCAGUCUUGUUCAAACACCUGUUUGUUCUCCUGUCUCCAGUCAUUGACUCAGUGCUGCUGCGUGACACUGUGACUCCUGAUGUUUCAUAUCCAGUCACAGCGUUGACUUUCAGCACAAGAGAUGCUUAUAAACAAAUAAAAUUCCUAUUUUUCUCUUACCUAUUUUUCUCUUAAUGGCACUCUUUUGUCUGGUGCCAUUAGACAUCUUGAUUAUUGUGACAACUCUAGACCUGCCUGCUUUAUCUAAUGUAAUCAUGCGCAAUGUCUACAGGUUGUUUAAUAAUCAUACAGAACUGAGGAAGUGAGGCUGUCUUUUGUUUGCUUCUAUGAUACAGAAACGUAUAAAAACUGAAAAUGAACAUGUUUUGUAGCUUAGUGAUCUCCAUAUACAUAAAGGGACAUAUUAAUACUGGUUAACUUGUAAAUCGUUACUCUGAUAUUGUGUACUGGAUAAAGCUCUGCGCUACACCUGCUUCUGUGUUGCCUCACACCGUGUGUGACUUUUGUUUCUUCUGUUACGCAGCACUUACAUACACAGUGCAUUUCCAGAUGUGUUGAGCACGCAGAGUGUAGUCAAUAGUCAGUUCUUUAAGUUUUAAUUUAUAGACUGCCAUGGCCUUAAGAAAAUUCUGUACAAAAUACUGCACUGUGUUGCACACACGCUAUUUGUUUUUCUACAUUCACAUUUUAAACAAGGAGAAUUUGUGCUUUCAAAGUUCUCUUCUUAUUCUUUGAGGCAUGUGGCAUACUUCCAAGAAGGGAUGGGUGGUUCUGUAAACAAAGGGACAAACUUGCUACUGUAGUUGGACAUCAUUAAUGGUCACUGUGAACCAUUUCAAUAUGACAACUUGCUUGUGCCUAAAAGGAGGAAUUGGAACUAGAAUGUGUGACUCCGCGGGAACUGCGUAGGUUUGUUAAUGGACCUAUAGCUAACCCUUAACCUGUUUGUGUGUCUAUUCAUUGCUUUUAGCAUUUCAAGACAUUGAAAGACUACUACCAACAUUUUCCUGUGCGUAACCUCUGCAUGUGAAAACUUAACAGUUACCGAACUUUGUAAAUACAGAAUUUUUUUAUUUAGGUGGAUGCAUUUUUCGUCUGUUUACUCCUCUUCUCAGCUUUAUUCAAUAAAUUUGCAUUUUGAGGGUUGCAUUGGCAAUUUCACCAUAAAAUGUGCAUCAUGAUGAAAGGUGCGUUUUGGAAGGAGGCGGAAAGAAAAUGACCAUCAAGAGGGUCCACGGACCAUGUGCUAGAAAGAAAUCAACUCAGCCCUCAAAAAGUUGGGUCUGUGGGCUAGUUAAAAUAGAAAUAAACUUUUAAAAUAUUCA